AUGUCAAAUCGCGCGAAAUCGCAUUCUUCGGAGAAUAUCAUUAACCCAAACUACUCGACAGAGUACGACGAAGAAGAAGAUGAAGAUGAGUUCUCGUCUUUUUGGGCGUUCAACUCGCUGCUGGGGCUUUUGGCCGCGAUUGGUAUGGCAUUGUUGAUAGUUUUUCCAUAUUGGGUCGAGACGGAUUUACAUGAAAGCUCAUCCCUUCUCGGGGAUGUUCGAGUUUUCAAAGGUUUCUGGACUCAAUGCCUCACAAGAAUGGAAUCUCAGUGGCAAUGCGCGUAUUAUUCCUUCAACGGGCACUUUUCGAUGAAAUCGAUUCAAGGGCUUCAGCUUUGUUCAGUUCUUUCUGCGACUUUUAUUUGGAUCAGUUGGACUCUUUCAUUUUACGGAGGACAAUAUUUGAAAAUACUGGAAAACGAAAAGACAAAAGCGUGGUUAGUUCUAGCUGGGGGCAUUAUUGCGCUCUUUGGAAUUGUUUUCUGGUGGAUGAUGAUAGGUCUUUUAUCCGACGUCGUUUCUGACGAAUACGAGCGCGAACUGUACUUUGACUCCCAAGUUGCAGUUCCUAUGCCUUCUUAUCCCUCCCACUCAAUAAGCAGAAGAUCCAGCAGUGGAGGAGGAGCGGUUUUUUCCAGCGAUGAUUUCAAGUUUCGCCAGGGAACAUGUUUUUACAUCGCCUUGCCCGUCGGAAUUCUAGCAACGAUCAACAUGGUCUUGCUGCUUGUCGAGGGCAUUACAAGAGUUAAAAACGCACCGGAAGAAGAGGAGGAGAGCUACAGAAAAGGCUCCACUCCAAGUGAUCAGCAGAAUUUGCUGAAAGAAGUGACGCCGAUUUACUCCGAAAGCUCAAUAGAAUCCAUCAAACAACAGAGAGUAGAUGUUCAAGAAGCAGAGGAGAGAAACUGGAUAUGA